GGCGGCGCCUCAGCCCGCUGCAGUUCCUCGGCGUUUCCGGUGCGAGCCGGAGCGGGCGCAGGAGCCGUUUGUUCGUGCGUCGGCGCUGCGCCAGCCGCCAUGAAGAACCAGGACAAAAAGAACGGAGCCGCCAAGCACUCCAACCACUCCUCCCACCCCAAAGGGCACCGCGAGCAGCCCGAAGCCGAAGCAGAUCGAGGCCCCGCGAGAGCCAGCCAGGCCCCAGCUGCCGCCGACGCUGAAGCCUCCAGCCACCGGGCUCCAGGGAAGCCCGACGGAGCCCAAGUCAAAGCUGCCCAGGCCGGAGCCCUCCGUGAUGUUUCUGAAGAACUGAGCCGCCAGCUGGAAGACAUCCUGAGUACGUAUUGUAUAGACAACAAUCAGGGGGGCCCAGGUGAGGAUGGGGCACAUGGUGAACCCACUGAACCUGAAGAUGCAGAGAAGUCCCGGACCUAUGCCUCAAGGAAUGGAGAACCCGAGUCAGAGACCCCGGUCAUCAAUGGUGAGAAGGAGCCCUCCAAGGGGGAGGCAGGCACAGAAGAGAUCCGGGCAAAUGAUGAGGCUGGAGACCGUGAUCACCGAAGACCACAGGAGAAAAAGAAAGCCAAGGGCCUGGGGAAGGAGAUCACAUUGCUGAUGCAGACAUUGAACACCCUGAGUACUCCAGAGGAGAAGCUGGCAGCUCUAUGCAAGAAGUAUGCUGAACUGCUGGAAGAGCACCGGAACUCACAGAAACAGAUGAAGCUCCUGCAGAAGAAGCAGAGCCAGCUGGUGCAGGAGAAGGACCACCUGCGUGGGGAACACAGCAAGGCCAUCCUGGCCCGCAGCAAGCUGGAGAGCUUGUGCCGAGAGCUGCAGCGACACAACCGUUCUCUCAAGGAAGAAGGGGUGCAGCGAGCCCGGGAGGAGGAGGAGAAACGCAAGGAAGUGACCUCACACUUCCAGGUGACACUGAAUGACAUCCAGCUACAGAUGGAACAACACAACGAGCGCAAUUCCAAGCUGCGCCAGGAAAACAUGGAGUUAGCUGAGAGGCUCAAGAAGCUAAUCGAACAGUAUGAGCUUCGGGAAGAGCACAUCGACAAAGUCUUCAAACACAAGGACCUACAGCAGCAGCUUGUGGAUGCUAAACUCCAGCAGGCACAGGAGAUGCUGAAGGAGGCAGAGGAGAGGCACCAACGGGAAAAAGAUUUUCUCCUCAAAGAAGCAGUGGAGUCCCAGAGGAUGUGUGAGCUGAUGAAGCAGCAGGAGACCCACUUGAAGCAGCAGCUUGCCCUGUACACAGAGAAGUUUGAGGAAUUCCAGAACACUCUCUCCAAAAGCAGUGAGGUGUUCACCACUUUCAAACAGGAGAUGGAAAAGAUGACUAAGAAGAUCAAGAAGCUGGAGAAAGAAACCACCAUGUACCGGUCUCGGUGGGAGAGCAGCAACAAAGCACUGCUAGAGAUGGCCGAGGAGAAAACACUUCGGGACAAAGAACUAGAGGGCCUGCAAGUGAAAAUACAACGGUUGGAGAAGCUCUGCCGGGCACUGCAGACAGAACGCAAUGACCUGAACAAGAGGGUACAGGACUUGAGUGCAGGAGGCCCAAGCCCCCUCACAGAUGACAGCCCUGAGCAAAGGCUAGAGGCUGCCAAUGCCUCCAAGGAGCAGGGUGGCGAAGGGCCUGAAGCCCAAGUACCCAGCUCCCCAAGAGCCUCAGAAGCUCCUUGCUGCCACGGAGCACCCAGCACAGAAGUAUCUGGGCAUGUAAGGCCUCAAGAGUCCACCUCCACCACCUCCUAGGGAGCCUGGCCUGGGUAUAUGCUGGGAAGGGAGCAAGCUGCCCAGCCAGGCCUGGUCCACCACCAAGCUCCCUCUGCUGCUUAGUGCAGCCCUGGGGUCAGGCACUUUAAUCUGGCUGCUGUCUGACACCUUGCAGUUCUGGAUAUUCUGAGUCAGUUUUAUAUACCUAUGGCAUAGGUGCAAGGUCACGCACAUUCUUACCUGUGUCAAAUGGGCUGACAUUGGAAAUGGGAUGUGUACAGAUGAGGUCAGUGGCUCUUCUGUGAGCUAAUGUGUCUCAAAGUGGAGCUGCCUCAAUGAGCUGCUGGACAAGCGGCAAGCUUUUCCCUGCCUGGUUUGAGACUUCUUCCUUGUCUUUCAGGGCUCAUGACAAAUGACACCCCCAGGCCUUGACAGUGAGUGGGGCUUGGGCAAUUCUAGCUCUCCCAAGCUGCUCUGGAAGCUCCUUUGCUUCUCUUGACCUAGAAAUGGGAUUCCCAAAUAGCCUUAGCAGGGGCUUAGAAGCAGUAUUGAAACUGCCCUCCUGCUUUGGACUAGGCCCUGGAGGUUUCUCUGUGGGAUGAUGUGCUGGGAGGGAGCCCCCAGGCACCACGUCCCUUGCCCUUUGGUAGUGCCAGGACCAGGCCAAUGAUGCUUCUCAGUAGCCUUAUCAUUCACAGGUGCCUCUAGCCUGCACAAUGAUUGACAAGAGAUCACCCAAAGGCUUCUUCCGGACGGGUUCUUUGUUCAGUUUGUUCAUUCCUUUGUUUUUGCACAUGAUAGUGUUUGUGUUGCAGAUCUUCUGAGGAAGGAGGAAGGGUGCUGUAGCAUGGUGCCUGGCUUUUUGGCUUCCAGUGCCCCACAUCCCACCUAGCACUUUGCCUUGCUGGUACCAAGGUUUUCUGUCAGCCUGAUUGUAAGGGAAAGAAAAGAGUUUCUGGUGGCUUUGCUCAGUCCCUUCACCACUGUCUCCAGGCAGUGUUUGCUGUGCAGGCCUGGUCUUCCCUUGGCUUUAUGAGUCUGUACUCUGCAUGCACCCAUGUGCACUCCUUGUGAUUUUUCUUGGUUCUGUUGUUGCCUGUAGUCAGGCUGUGAUAUGUCCUUUUGUCAUCCCCCUUUCUGUAUAAGCAAGAAUGAGAUGUGAGCCAGAGAGAAAAUCAAGAAGCAGAUAAGGUGCUUGCACAUGUCACAGGGCUCACUCCAUUUAAGUCCUCGGUGCCAUAUUAUGUUAUUCAGUGCUGAGUGAGGUCCAAGCCAGCCCCCUCCCCAAGGAGAAAUGAGAACUAACAUGUGAUUGAGCUCUAGAAAGUUACAGAAUGGCUGCAGAUAGUGUGUGUCUGUCCUCCAUUUUAUUCCCUAUCAACACCUCUUUGCUGCUCUGACUGUUCUGCUGUGGCAAACUGGCCAGGAUGUUUGCUCUUAAUAUUGUGCUGGUUGGUAUGGAGAAGUUCUCUGGAAGAAAUAUCCUAUAUUAAGGAGCAGGGCUCUGUGGGAUUUGUGAUACAGCACCCCUAUCUUCAGCUGAGUCACACUUCAUGCAGCUCAGGGAGCCAUAGAUCAAGAUGGCGGGGAAGGCUGAUGUACCUCCUGGAAGCUACUUUAUUGCCUGACGGGCCCUUUCAUUUCACACAGCCCUAAACUUCAAUCCCUCAAAGAAGUAGG